AUGCUCAAGAGGCAGAAUCCCAGCACUCCAGAACACAGCAGGGAUCUCGCAGCCGAUGGAGGAGCUCUGUCCAUGUCUCAAAAUGACUCACGCUCUUUUUUCAACUUAUCUCAGCUGGUGCUCUCUGCUGGCCAAAUCAAACCAUCACCAGCACUCAAACAUUCAAAAAUCACGUACUUUGAAGUAGAGAUUGUUGAUGUGCAAAGCAAGAAGCAGAUCUGCAUUGUGGACAAGGUACCUCCAGCAUCUACCAUUCUUGAUGUGAAGCACAAAUUUCACAAAGCAUGUCCCCAGUGGUACCCAUCCCGUGUUGGCCUGCAACUGGAACACAACGGGCCCUUUCUGAAGGAUUCCAUCAGCAUCCAAAGCCUUGCCGUCUCCUCCAUCGUCACACUCUAUUUUACAGACCUGGGUCAGCAGGUUGGUUGGACCACAUUUUUUCUAACAGAAUACACCGGGCCUCUUCUCAUAUAUUUGCUCUUUUACAUUCGCCUCUCGACUAUUUAUGAUCAAGUGGAAAGCAGGAAGAACUUCCGCCACCCAGUGGUUCACUUGGCCUGCUUCUGUCACUGUUUACACUACAUCAGACAUCUUCUGGAGACAUUAUUUGUUCACAAGUUUUCGGAAGGGCACACUCCUCUGAAAAAUAUGAUAAAGGGCUGUGCCUUUUACUGGGGAUUCACAUCCUGGAUCGCAUACUACAUCAACCACCCACGGUACACGCCACCAUCAUUUGGUCACAAACAAGUUUUUUAUGCUGCUCUUGCUUUUCUGAUGUGUGAAGCUGGAAAUCACUUUAUCAACGUAGCUUUAGCUCACCAAACCAAUUCAGGAAAUAGAACCUGUUUUCCAAGUCCAACCUACAACCCUUUCACGUGGCUCUUCCUGCUGGUAUCCUGUCCCAACUAUACAUAUGAGGCUGGGUCUUGGAUUAGUUUCACAGUGAUGACACAAACUCUGCCAGUUGGCAUCUUUGCUUUCCUGAUGGUCAUCCAGAUGUCUCUGUGGGCCCAGAAGAAACACAAGCUGUAUCUGAAGAGAUUUUAUCCAGAAGUGCGGAGAAAAGCAGCGAUGAUUCCCAUCAUCUUCUGAGAUUGUCACCAGAGUUGGAGCCCAAGUGUACCCUUCAAGAGCCAAGUCAGAGUAAAUGAACCAUUUCAUUCAGGAACCAAGUGGAUCAGAGGAAAAGCUACUAAAUAUAUUUUUUCAGGAAAUUAUCUGUUCAAAAUGAAGAAGUUUUAAUUAAAUGCAA